ACUGCAGUUUAGUGAAGAUAAGCUACGAUAGUGUGCUUUAAAAACGCGUUCCACGGUGAAAAGUCUUCUCACAAACUUGAAUUAACCGUAACAUAGCGCACUCGUGACAGGUAGAAACAAUGGCAGAUCGUCGUCGUCGUCGUCGUCUAAUGGCUUGGGCUGUAACAAUAUGGCUCGGCUGUGCUUGUAUCGCCACCGUGAAUGGGCAUGGAAUGGCUCUCGAUCCGAUCGCGCGAGGAUCUCGAUGGCGUUGUAAUACGGCCGCCCUUCCCAACUACACUGACAACGAGCUGUUUUGUGGUGGAUUCCAGGUACAGUGGGGUACGUACAAUGGGAAGUGUGGAGUGUGCGGGGAUAACUAUGGGGAUGCCCAACCCCGUCGGCAUGAGCUCGGUGGCCAGUACGGUCAGGGAGAUAUCGUGAAACAGUACGUACAGGGCAGCGCCAUUGAAGCGAGAAUUCGAAUUACGGCAAACCAUCGUGGGUACUUUUACUUCGAUCUGUGCAAUCUUGACGGUGAUACGGAGGAUGAUUCUUGCUUCAGCAAGCACCCCUUGUACUUAGUCGAUGGAAGCCGGAAUUGGACAUUACCGUCAACGUCACCAGGAGAGUAUAGUGUCAGUUUGAAGCUUCCUGAUUCGGUCACUUGUAGUCAUUGCAUUUUCCGCUGGACAUAUGUUGCUGGAAACAACUGGGGAUACUGUGAAGACGGUAGUGGCAAGCUCGGUUGCGGACCACAGGAAACGUUCAAAACUUGCUCCGACAUACGGAUAGCUGCUCCGAAUGAUAUUAUUCCCAGCUUCGCUUACUGCACUAAAGCUGUUUAGCUGAAAAUAUUUUUUUAUUUAUAUUUGAUUCGAAUAUAACGACUCACUGCCGUAUGGUCAGUUGAAAAUAGCCAUUCUAAUCACCUAUUGUAGCAUAGCAUUCGAAUAAAGUUAUUAAAACGAAGCAAAACAA